UGCAUCAGCCGCCGCCUUUUCCAUCGCGACACCAGCGUCGCUACCCUUCCUCGGCAACCCUCUAUCCCUCCCGGGCCUCUGCUUGCGCGACCGCAGCUCACCGUGACCGCUCCAGCACCGCAGGGCCCUGGCACGCCGCUUCCGGCCCCGGCUCCGAUCCCCCGUGGCGACGACGUCCCAUGCUGGUGUAGUCUCUCACUCCAGCACCGAGGUGCACGACUUACUACAUCGCGUCUGCUGCCACGACCACCACCGCGCACCCCCAUCGCCAGCCCCCCACCCCGACUCGUGCGCCCGACGCACCCGCUCCCCCACGCAUCGCCGCGAUGCAGAACCAACAGCAGAUGGCGCAGAUGGCGGCCAUGAAUGCGAACAACGGCGCCGUCGACGGCACCCCUAUCAUGCGCAAUAUGGCGCAACCUGGCGGCAAGGGCACUGACCCCACCGAGAAGCUCAACACGUACAUUUACGACUACUUCCUGCGGAACAAGCACAUCGGCCUGGCGCGCGCCAUGCUCGAGUGCGACAUGAAGAUGGCCACGGAAAAGGCCAGUCCCAACAACAAGAUGAACGGCGCCGACGCGAUUGAGCAGAUAGACGACCUGCCCCUGCCGUCGCUGCCCCCCAACCAGGUCGCCGACAAUUCCUUUCUGCUCGACUGGUGGGUGCAAUUCUGGGACAUUUACACGGCCACGAAGCCUCGCAGUACCGCCUCCAAGAACGCGAUCCAAUAUGUCAGCCACAACCGGAACCUCGGUCAUUUGCAAAACGAGCAGCGAAACCAGCGCAUGAUGAUGAACAACCCCAUGAAUGCGCAAUAUCAGAUGAUGAGAAACGGCGCCAUGACCAACGGCAACCAGACCGACCUGAAGCGGGCCGCAGCCAUGAACAACAACCGACCCACCGGUAACCCCAUAGCCGGCAUGCAGCCCAUGAAGGGCCCCGGCAUGAUGGCAGCGCAAAUGCAGCGGGAUGGCUCAGGCAUGGACAUGAGCGGCCAGCGCCCAAACUCGCCCGGAUCUAACGAGAAUGCCCCGUCUCCAAACAAGCGCCCGCGCGUUGAUGGUGGUAUGAACACUGGUAACAUGCCCAACAACCAGUUCAACGAGUUCAUGCCGCAAGGUGCGCAGCAGAAGAACAUCGAGGGUAUGAACUCUGGCGUCCAAGGCUCUCCAAUGGCCCAGCCCGGCCUUGAAGGUCAAGAGAACCUCUUCACUGGUAACGGGCCACGACCCGGUAACAUGCCCGCCAAUCCUCCAGGCGCACCUCAGCAGGGCAACCAUGCGCUGCAGGACUACCAGAUGCAACUCAUGCUUCUCGAACAACAGAACAAGAAGCGAUUACUCAUGGCACGACAAGAGCAGGAUAAUCAGUCUGGCCACCCACAGCAAGGUGUCAUGGGCGCUCCCGGGUUCGGCACGGCCAUGUCACCACAAGGCAGCCGAGCCGGCGGCCCAUCGCCCAACCCCGCCGAACAGAUGAAACGGGGCACGCCUAAGCUGGGUCAGCAGAACCUCCCCGGCUCGCCUAUGCCCGAGGGAAUCAUGGGCCAGCAGCGCGGAUCUCCUGCGCCAAACAUGAACUUUGAUCCCAGCCUGGCUCCCCCCGGCAUGCCUCCGCAAUUCUACCCCCAGGGCAUGCCUCAGAACGGCCCCAUGGGCAUGCGCCCCCCAAGCUCACAUCCCCAGCCCCCCAACUUCAAUGGCCAACAGAUAACACCCGCACAAAUGGAGGCCAUGCGCAACGGCCAGAUGCAACAGAAUGGCUGGCGUGGCGGGCCCCAGCCCGGCAUGAUGCCAGGCGGACAGCAAAUGGGCGGCCCCAUGGGCCAACCACAACAGCGCCAGCAAAUGCCCCCACCCCCAGCGCCCACGAACGAACAACCACGGCCCGAGCCCUCUCCGUCACAGUCUAACCCGAACCCACCGACUCCAUCGCAAACCAACAAGGCCAAUCCAAAGAAGAAGCCUACCAAGGAUAAUAAGCCCGCAAACAAGAAAGGGGCGAAUACAGGUGCGACUCCGGCAGCAACAAAUGGCGAAGAGCCUCCCACACCGACGUCUUCCACUCCCGUGGCUCCAAUCACGCCCGUCCACAAGCAGUCCUUCAACCAGGGACAGAACGGUCAGCCACAGCAACCGGUGCAACCGCCAGCGCCUGCUGACCAGCCCAUGGACAACAAUGGCGGUCCUCCAUUUGGCAGCAUUGAUCCUGAUCCCAAUGGCUUUGACCUUGGCCUCAACUUUCCCGACGACGGCGGCGCGCUCGAGACCUUUGACUUUGACUCCUUUCUGCAUACUGGCGAUAACGAUGGUCUCGGCAACUUUGGCGACUUCGAUUUUGCCGGUGCAACAGAAGUAUAGCCCAAGCCCGAGUCUUGUUGAGGACCACACGUCACUGUCGCGGUGGUGGUGGCUGACAGGCUGGUUGUUGGCUUUUGAAAACCAAAAAUCGUUCCAUAUACCCGUGUCUUUAUCGACCCUCUCGAUCGCUUUCUAUCUCUUGUCCGGAGCAUAACGGAGCUGGCUUGGGGUUUUGGAAACUUCGGUUGGCCUCUUGUUUUGUUAUUAACUUGGGUAUCAGGGGCGUUUCUCGACUUGUCUCAAUUUACUGUGCUGAUGCGCUUCAUUUUAUUUCCUUUUUUUACUCUUUUGCUUUGCAAAAUCUCUCUUCCUGAUCUUUGUUACCCUCUCCCCUUGCUCAAUGUGCGAGACUCCAACACAUAUCGCUACCGAUACUACUACAUCUACUACUACUCCUGGUUCCAAUCACCAGAUAUCUCUCCUAAGUGCUCUCCGCUUAUCUGCCUUUACCUACCUACCUACUUAUCCAC